AUGCUGGAUUUGACUCAUCAUCUCAAUUCCCUUUUUCCACAUCUCUCUGUUGAAAUCUUUGUCAAGGCCUCUGACAAGCAUACCGAGCGUCAGUGCGAACAUCCCAGAGCUGUUGACCUUGUACUAUCCAUGCCAAGUCGGCCGAAAGAUGGUCCUUGUGGUCCUGUUCCUAGGGACAGCGAUCUGAAAUUCGAGACUUUCAUGGAAUUAAAUAACGAUCUCUCCAAUCUUGUUAUCUGGCACUUCAUUCUCGCCAAGAAUCUAUGUAAAGUUGCGGCUCCUCCUUCCUCUUUUCCCAUCAUAUUUAACGAUGGCGCCGACGAUGUAACAUUUGUCUCAAAGUAUUCCAAGGGUAAAACCUUUCGGUCCGUAGUUGAACGUCAAUCGGAGACCAUUCUCAUAGGGGCAUGCCGGAAGCUCCUUCUUGGUGUCGUUCUCCUCCAGUGUGACUGUCGACUCUCGGCUCCGGUGGCCUAG